UGACUUGUGGCUUUGUUGGACUUUGCCCCAUCUUUUUAUUUUUUAUUUUAAUGCAGGGUGUACAAGCUUAGUUGUAUGUUGAUAAUCAGUAGUAAAUGAUUGUUUUGUGAUGCAUUGUUGUUGAUUCUUUAAUUGAGAUUCCUUGCAAAUAGAGCAAAUUUGUGUGUUUCAACUCCUGUAUGUGGAGGUUUAAUUUGUUUUGAAAGGACCUCUUCUAGUUGCCUUCCUUUGGAAAGCAUUUUAUGCACUCACCUCUAGAAAUUUUCAUUAGAUCUAUGUAAUAUGGUUUGUGAUGGUAAGUUGUAAUGUCUGAGGGAAUUGUAAUUCAAGUCAUAGACUUGGAUUUUAUUUUUUGGAUUUGGAGGGGGGUGGGGGAAGGGAACACUUCAAAGCAUGUCAGAGAUGUGAUCAAGAAAUCAUUUUCUAACAGAGGAAAAAAUUUCCCAGAGGAUCUAUGCAGACUUUUAGAUUAAGUGGAAGAUUCUUAAAGUAGUUAGCAAACCAAUCCUUGCAGCAAUUGCUUAGAUAUAUAAUUGUAGGUCGAGGCAUUAAGUUGUAGAAUCUGGAGUAGCAGAUUGUGACAUGAGUACUUGUUUUCUUUUUUGGUUUGAAGCACAACAGAGAUGGAGCCAAGCAAGCCCUACAUGGUACCAUUUUUCAUAGGAGAAGCAAGUUCUUCAGAGGAUCUACGAUGGCUUUCAAACCAAGUGAAAGACUCAUGUGGUGAUAGCAAGCCAAUCUGCACUACAGUUGAAUACUUUAUGAUGGUGUAUAAUCUUGCAAGAUUUUAGUGUGGUAACAGCUUGACUACCAAAAUGCCAAAGGUUAGAAGAAAGCCUUCCUUGUCUGCUGAUCAGCCUAGGGCAUCUGCAUACCCUGAGCAAUGUAUACCAGAAGAACAAUUGGAAUCAGCCAAUGAUGUGAAAGAAUGGGAAGAAGCUAGAUGCCCAAUCUGCAUGGAACACCCUCAUAAUGCAGUUCUUUUAAUGUGUUCCUCCCAUGAGAAGGGCUGUCGGCCCUACAUGUGCAACACCAGCUACCGGCACUCCAAUUGUCUCGAUCAGUUUUGUAAGUCUUUUGCACCACAUGCCUCAAUAACACUACUGCAAGAAAUUCCUCUCACAAGCACAGACUCUCAGAGAAGGGAAGAUGGGUGGCAGCAUGGGCAAACAAUGCAUUGUGGGAGCCCAUUGCAACCAAAGCUUGUCUGCCCUCUUUGUCGGGGAGAUAUCCAUGGAUACAUUAUAGUAGAGCCAGCUCGUAACUUCAUGAAUUCCAAAGGAAGGAGUUGUUCUUCUGAGACAUGUGAUUUUACUGGGACCUAUUCAGAACUCCGGAAGCAUGCAAGGUCUGAACACCCUUCUGUCCGGCCAUCAGAGGUGGACCCUAUGCGACAAAGUGAUUGGACAAGAUUGGAAAGUGAGAGGAUCUGGGAGGACGUCCUUAGCUCACUUCAUCCGGAAUUUGGGGAAGAGGCUAGUGAAGAACACAUUUUCUCGGCUGGUCUUGAUGACUUUGCUGCGUUUCAUUUUGAGUUUCUUAUUUUAUCCAUUCUGCUCAAUUAUCCAAGUGAUGGAGAACAGUUGCAUAAUAGGAGAUCAGGGAGAAUGUCAAGGGUAGACUAUGAUUAUGAUCUGCAGGCCAGUCCUAUUGCUGGAAGGAACAACAAUUUGUUGUCAGACAGUAUGCCACAGCCGCGGCAAAUUGCUCGACGGGCACAUGAUUAUCCCAGUCGUGCCAUUAGGGGGGGGAGCAAUACAUCAGCACGUGUGCCUCUUCUACAACAAACAUCUGGGUGGUCAUCAGAAAGUAACUCCCAUUCUUCGUCAUCACAGAGUAGGUCCUAUAUUCCCUCCUACAGUAGGCCCCGCUUCCGGCAAAUGCCUGCACAGGCAUCUGGUAGUAUGCGGAGUUAUCCUAGGCAGUUAACCGAAAAUAUGCCCCAUUCCCGACGAUUGCAUUGGCGGGGUGAAAGACAGUCACCAUACGACUGGCGGUGUGAAAGAUGGUCACCAUACAAUAACCGGCGCUGAUUGCAAUUACAUUGUUACCAAAGUCGCUUUGUAAGUGGGCAGAUUUAUCAUAGGGUCAGGUUCCAAUUGUAAGUUAUCCAUAUCCUCGUUUUUUUUCCAUGUAAUAUAUAAAUUUCUUUUUCUUUCGUUGUUUUAGUAGCAUGUAAUCUUUUGAGGAUUGGGCGGAUAGAACAAGCUUUUUUUUUUCUUUUUUUUUCUUUUUUUUUUUAUUUGCAUUUCAGAGGAAGGAUUGCUGGAGGUUUCAAGUCUUUUUCUACUCUAGAGGUGAAAUAAACACUGAUGGUUCCUUUUGUUUCAAGGGACUGAAGAGGUAAAGUUAAAGUUAAGGAUCUUUUGGCCUGAUUGCUGGAUGACUAAGUUGUAUGCAUUACCUCGUUUUGUAUACUCUUUAGUGAAAUGCUUUGAUUGACAUUUUCUUAAUGUAUGGAUGUAUUUAUUCUUAGUUUCAUUGUGAAUAUUUUGCGUUUUA